AUGGCCGCAUCCAUAACCGCUGCACUCUCGUCUUUUGCGCAGGCCGUUUCGAGCGUCGUCCUCGCUGUGUUCAACGCGGCUCUGGCCGUGUUCCAGGCGGUGAUUGCGCUCUUCUCUGAGAUCGCCACCGGGGUCCUGCAGAUUGGCCAAGCUGUCGUGAAGCUUGCAACUGAUCUCGUGCAAGAUACGCUUGGCUUUGUCUUUGCAAACUUUUUCCUUAUUCUCCUGUUGGGAGGUGCAUACUAUUGGUAUAGCAACACUCAGGGUGCGAAGAGAAGCGGGGUGCGAAAGGUGUGA